AUGGACGAUGUCGAUAAGCGGACCAAAGAGGCGUUCGUCGCUGGGCUCGCAGGCACGAGCGCGCGCGAAGUGUUCCUCGUGUUUGCAAUUGCUCCAGGAACGGUAUGGCUCUACUCGGAGCUGCUGCUGCUGCUGCUGGACAUCGUGGGUCGCAAUGAGCGCUCAAGUGUCCACAAGCUGCAUCUGGUGCAGCAGAUCUUGCUCGAGUUUGCCGUGACGGUCGUGCCCACGAUGAUCGGGUUCACCUUUACCGAGUAUGCCGUGCCGCUGCUUGCAACGGUGUACUGCUUCGCGGCACUGUUGUGCGCAUUGUCGCGGAUUCAUGCCAACGCGAGCAUGCACAAACACUGCAGAAAGGAAAAGAUGAACCAGCUCCUUGGCAAAGAGCUGCCGUUCUUGACCAACUUUCGAGCGCAAAUCAUGCUCUCCACGUGCUUUGCUAUCCUUGCCGUUGAUUUCACCAUCUUUCCCCGUCGCUUUGCCAAGACGGAAAACUAUGGCUAUAGCGUGAUGGACAUUGGAGUCGGAGCGUUCAUCCUUUCAUCGGCGAUCGUGUCAGCACCUGCUCGUCAAGGCCGCGCUAGUAUCAUGACAAAGAGGUCCCAGUCUGGACACAAGUCUUCGCAAGGUUUUGCACAGAGAUGCUAUGACUUUCUUCGACCCGUUGCGCUGGUCCUUGUCUUCGGCAUAGCAAGAUUCCUGGCUGUCAAGGGCGUAAACUACCAGGAGCACGUGUCUGAGUACGGCGUGCACUGGAACUUCUACUUUACCUUAGCGGGUGUGUACUUGAUGUACUCUUUCCUGCGUGCGUUUGGCAACUGGGCGACAAGCCCUGUGGUCGCUCUCUCGAUUGCUUUGGGUUACCAAGUGUAUCUUUCCCGAUAUGGUGGUGAAGAGUACAUUCUGCAUGCACCCCGAGAUGACCUGAUGGGCCAAAAUCGCGAAGGGAUUCUGAGCCUGGCGGGUUAUACUUCCCUUUACAUGCUUUCUGUCACUGCGGGCCAACGCAUUUUUGCCUGCAUCGAUGCGAACGGGUCAAAAGCUCAGCGCAACAUGAGGUGGCUCGUGCUCACGCUCGUUGCUGUCACUGUGAUAUUGUGGCUGUCGACGUACUUGUCCGUUCGACUUGUCGCUCGUCCAUCGCGUCGAAUGCUGAACAUGUCGUAUCUGUUGUGGGUCCUCGCCGAGUCGGCGUUCUUGCUGGCGAUCUACUGCGUCAUCCAAACUGUCUGUAUGCUACCACGAGUUCCACUGCUGUUCCAGGGCAUUAACCAUAACCAGCUCUUCGUCUUUGUGGUGGCCAACUUGAUGACGGGAGCGGUGAACCUGAGCAUGCACACGAUCGAUACAGAGCCCAUUGGUGCUGCUGCAGUGCUGCUGGUCUAUAUGCUGGUGGUCUGCGUGCUCGCUUCGGUGCUCCAGCACGCGCAUGUCCGCAUCAAGCUGUAA